AUGAUGUCAUCAUCAUCCAUCUUCCCAACGUACCUCCUCCCCUCCAUCCCUUUCGGCAGACGCCUUUGGAAAUCAAAUGAAACCACCGUAUCCACCCCAAAAGGCUCGCUUUCAGAGUCAUCAAAUCCAUCUUCUCAAUGCAAUGAGCAUGAGCCAGAGCAUGACGGCGAUCAUGCCGCCGUCAAUAAUAAUAAUAAUAAUACACCAGGCUUCCUGCAGGGCCAUAAAUCCUACAUCCGCUGCUCCCGCUGCUCAGCAGAUCUAUGUCUGACAUCCCAGAUCAUCAGCAAGGGGUUUACGGGCCGGCACGGACGGGCCUAUCUCGUCUCUGCCAACCCAUCGGCAGACGGAAUCUCCACAGCCCCCACCCCCUCGCAGCACCGAACCUCGCUCCCCAACACAGCGACGCAGCAACCGAUGCCGAGACAGCUCGUCACGGGCGCGCAUACGGUUAGUGACAUCACCUGCCGUUUCUGCGGGAGUCUGCUGGGCUGGAAGUAUGUGACUGCGGAGGAGGAGUCGCAGAAAUACAAGGUUGGGAAAUUCAUUUUGGAGACGAAGAGGAUUAGUGUCUGUUCUUCAUGGGAGAAUAAUGAUACAACUGGUCGUGGUGAUGAUGGUAGUAAUGUUUGUUAUUAUCCGCAAAAGUCGCCGUCGGGGGAUGGGAAUAAUGAUGUGGAGUUUGAUAGCCAGGAUGAAGAGGAGUGUGAGGAUUUGUUUUCGGGAAUGUGGAACCCCUGGUUGGCGGCGCGGAGGAGGAGGGAUCGAGAUUUGGGCCGGCGUCCGUUUUAUUAG